AUGGCUUCUUCAUCAUCAUCAUUAUCAUCUUCUUCUUCCACAUGCAGCGACGACAAACUCCAAUGCUUUCAUUGCAAGUCCGAGAUAACAACCUUCAUUAACGGGUGGCCGCUUGACGAUGGCACUGUAGCUCAGCUCUGUAACAGAUGCGGCUCUCAUUUCGAAGAUGGAAGCUUCUGUGAGACAUUUCACUGGGAUCACGGUGGAUGGGAAGAUUGUAUAAUUUGCAACAAGGUAAGAGGUUGCAUUGUGGAUGCGUUGUGUCAAAGAAUGAAGUUCACUUUACGCUUUUGGGAAAGAUUUGUUGCAAUGAUUGUGCAAGGAAACUUAUUCGAGGAGAAUAAUUUGUGCUACGCUGUCUGUAAUAAGCUCCAAUCUAUGAUAGAAUUGGAUUCUAUAGAUUAA